GGCGGCUGCUUCUCAGCUUCGCCCUGUCAGUUGUGUGUCGGUGAUGAUUGCUCAGUUGAAUUACUGACAAUGCCUGUGGAGAGCCUGCCAAUCCGGGAUGCGUCCGUUCAGUUCCGCUUACUACAGCAGUAUCUGGUUCUUCUGAAGAAAUACCCGAUCCUCACUAAGUCUGUCACGAGUGGCAUCCUCUCCGCUUUAGGAAAUCUUCUGUCUCAGACUUUGGAGGCAAGAAAAAAGGCCAAGAAUGGAGCCCCGGUCAGUGAGAUUGACACAGCUGGAGCUGCACGCUAUGCCAUUUAUGGGUUGUUUAUUACCGGACCGGUGAGCCAUUACUUCUACCAGCUUAUGGAAGUGUGGAUGCCCACUACAGACCCGCUCUGCAUAGUCAAACGUCUGCUACUGGAUCGCCUUAUUUUUGCCCCUGGCUUUCUGCUCCUUUUCUACUUUGUUAUGAACGUCCUGGAGGCCAAAGGUUGGAGAGACUUUGAAAAUAAGAUGAGAGGAAGUUACUGGACUGCUUUAAAGAUGAACUGGAAAGUGUGGACUCCCUUCCAGUUCAUCAACAUUAACUUUGUGCCUGUUCAGUUCCGAGUGCUGUUUGCCAACAUGGUGGCCUUAUUUUGGUACGCCUACCUUGCAUCUGUGAGGAAAUGAAGCCGUCCUCACUGAGAAACUAAUCUGGAGGAAACUGCUUCUUCACAGUGGCUUUAACAUUUAACAGUUUACUGCACUACUGAUGACCUGUUUCUGAUCUGGACAGUACUUCUCACACUGUGGCUUCUCUGAUAAAUUCAUAACAAGCCUUUACAAUGAGCUGAAGCCAUUAUAACAUGCUGCUAUAUUUUGGAUAAAUUACUGUAAUUACAGAACAUAAUAAAUGUAGUUUAUAAUAAAUGUAUUUUUUACAGAAUGCUGCCAAAGUAUUGUAAUAUGUAGUAGUAAACAUUUAAUUAUAUGAUCGAGACAGCAUCUUUUAAAUAUUGGAAUAAUGUAAAUUUUGAAUCAGUGCCUAUAUGUGCCUUUCUGGUUAGCUGUUGUGAAAUGCAAAGGGUGUAGCUCUAAUCUGGAGCUGAGGAAGUGGGACAGGAAAUGUGAGGAGACAUGCAAAAUUACAUUUGAAACUUUAUUAUCUUUUAAAAACUGUGUCAAAUUAACAUUUCCCAAUUGUGUAUUUUUUGAAAUAAAAUGAAAACAUGCCAUGUUGUGAGUUAAACAUAUUUGUACUGCCAAAAUAAAACAAUUAAACAAGUUUUUAAGAUGUGGCAGGAUUACACAUCAAGGAAUGCAUCAUUUUUUCCAGUGACAAUACAAAUAAGAAAUAUGUAAUUUAUGACUUUAAGAUUUUCAUCCA